AUGUUUACUGUAUUUGGAAAUGAUAAAUUAGAUUAUAUAAACUCACAAUCUUCAAUAAAAGAAUUAAAAGAAUGGAAAACUUUCUCAAAAACUGAGUGGUGUAGAAAAAACUUGUUUAAAACGAUAGAAAAUAAUAACAAUAAUACAUAUAUUGCUGAAAUUACAUUGAAAAUAUGGCCAGCUGGUAUUCCAUCUCAGAGCUUGUUCUAUUUUGCAAUGAUAGUUGUAAGUUUACUUCUAGAUCCUAAACAUGGAACAGAUAUGAAAGACAAGCAUGUUGUUAUGAGGCUAAUUCCACAUCAAUUGCUAUUAACUUCUACAAUAAGUAAUCAAACUAAUUUACCACCAAUACAUCCCUUGACUGCUGAUGUCAAUUAUGAUUAUUGGAAUCAAACAGUAGUUAUAGCAAUGAUUCAAAAUUAUACUAAAUUAUUAAAUGAAUUAAAGGAAUUAAAAAGAAAGACUCACAAGUUUUUAAAGAAAAUGACAAUCAGUGGUAUAAGGAAGUUUGGAAAUCUGUUACUGGAAAAUGGAUAUAUUUAUCCAAAUGAAACUGGCUUUAAUGAUUAUUUCAUUAGUAUUAUAAAUGAGCAAUAUGACUCAAAAAAAAAAGAGAUCAACAACACCCAGCAAUUCAAAAAUGCUAUGUUUACUGUAUUUGGAAAUGAUAAAUUAGAUUAUAUAAACUCACAAUCUUCAAUAAAAGAAUUAAAAGAAUGGAAAACUUUCUCAAAAACUGAGUGGUGUAGAAAAAACUUGUUUAAAACGAUAGAAAAUAAUAACAAUAAUACAUAUAUUGCUGAAAUUACAUUGAAAAUAUGGCCAGCUGGUAUUCCAUCUCAGAGCUUGUUCUAUUUUGCAAUGAUAGUUGUAAGUUUACUUCUAGAUCCUAAACAUGGAACAGAUAUGAAAGACAAGCAUGUUGUUAUGAGGUAG